CCCCACAUGCAGCAGGUGACUGUGGAGGGGGAUCCACGAUUUUCACGGGGGUGAAUCUUGGUGUUUCUGAGCUUUCUUGGGCUAAAUGUUGGUGCUUUGGUUUUAUGGGGCAGCUGAAUCUUUAUCUUUUGGAGGAGGUUUUUGCUGACUUGUGAUGUUUGGGGAGUUUUUGAACUGUGUCUUGAAGUCUGCAGGAUUUCUGGGCUGAAUCUUGGUGUUUUGGAGGUUCUUACAGAGACAAGAUUCCCGAGAUGAACUUGGGCAAGGAGGAGCCUCUAGUCCAAGGUACUCUCCUCUUGUUUUUUCCCCAAACCAGGAUUUGUCAUUCCCAGGGCGUGGCUGGAUGGAGGAGGAGGAAAAGCCCCAGAGAUCCUGCAGGAGGAGGUGCUGCAAACCCAGCCCAGGGAGCUGCGGGGAGGAAAGAGCCCCCCUGAGCCAGGAAGGCGGCCGGAGAUCCAGCCAUAGCUCGGAGCAGGUGGAGAAGGCUCAUGGCAGGGAGAAGCCACACAAGUGUUUGGAAUGUGGGCAGGGUUUCAGCCAGAGCUCCAAGCUGAUUGAGCACCAGAGGAUCCACACUGGGGAACGGCCCUACGAGUGUGGGGAGUGUGGGAAGAGUUUCAGACAGCGCUCCACCCUGAUCGACCACCAGAGGAUCCACACUGGGGAGCGACCUUAUGAGUGUGGGGAGUGUGGGAAGAGCUUCAGACAACGCUCCACCCUGAUCCAGCACCAGAGGAUCCACACUGGGGAGCGGCCCUACGAGUGCUUGGAAUGUGGGAAGGGUUACAGCCAGAGAUCCAAGCUGAUCCAGCACCAGGUGAUCCACACUGGGGAACGGCCCUACGAGUGCUUGGAAUGUGGGAAGGGUUUCAGCCACAGCUCCCACCUGGUCCGGCACCAGAGGAUCCACACUGGGGAACGGCCCUACACCUGCUUGGAAUGUGGGAAGGGUUUCAGCCAGAGCUCCCACCUGGUCCAGCACCAGGUGGUCCACACUGGGGUACAGCCCUACGAGUGUGGGAAGUGUAGGAAGAGCUUCAGAGACAGCUCUGGCCUGAUCCGGCACCAGGUGAUCCACACCGGGGAACGGCCCUACGAGUGUGGGGAUUGUGGGAAGAGCUUCAUAGACAGGUUUGGCCUGAUCCGGCACCAGGUGAUCCACACAGGGGAAGGGCCCUACACCUGCUUGGAAUGUGGGAAGAGCUUUAGGUGUAUCUCAGACCUGAGAACCCACCAGCGCAUCCACACUGGGGAGAGGCCCUACGAGUGUCCCCAGUGUGGGAAGAGGUUUCAGACCAGCUCCGCUCUCCUCAGACAUGAGCGGAUUCACACAGAUGAGAGGCCCUUCCGCUGCCCCGACUGCGGGAAGGGCUUCAAGCACAACUCCAACCUCACCAAGCACCGGCGCAUCCACACCGGGGAGAGGCCCUACGAGUGUGGGGAGUGUGGGAAGAGCUUCUCCACGAGCUCAAACUUGACCAAACACCAGCGGAGGUGCCAGUAAGGGAAGCCCUGUGAGU